AUGGAGAUUGAUGACAACAUACCUAUGAAGAGGAACCUCACCAUGGAGGACCUUUUGACAAAAGGUAACGUAUCAACCUAUCACAUAUUCAGCCACACCAUGUCAGCAGACCUGAUGCAGCCUGGUUACAGCACUGGAGCAGAUCAGCUGCAGGGAACCUCUAAUGCUUUAGCUGCAGAGAGAAAACAGUUCGAUGCCAAAUUGAGUAACUUGACAAAAGAAAAAGACCAGUUGCAGACAAUCUAUGAUGACUUGAAGAAGAACUAUGAUGAACUUCAAAGAGGAAAGGAUGAGUUGCAGAGGAGUUACACAUUACUGAAGAGUGACAAGGGCCAGUUGCAAACAAAUCUGACCCAGAGUAAAUAUCUACUUCAGAGCAGAUAUCAAUCACUGUCCACAGACAAAGAAGCAUUGCAAGGCCGAUAUAAUACUCUGCAGAGGGAGAAAGAGCAGCUACAGACCAAGGAAGGAGAGACAAUACCCGGCUUCCUCCAACAGUCCAAAGACAUGCUCGUUAGGUCAAUUGGUGACUCAAAAUUGCUCGUAGGUGUGAAUUCAUUUGUCAAUGGGCUGUUGGGAUCAGACGUACAAGCCUGGAUUGGUAUGACUGACAACGUUACAGAGGGGACCUGGAAGUGGGUGGAUGGGACCCCAGUCAACACUACAUACUGGAGGCCUGCGCAGCCCAACAGCUACGGCGGGAACCAGGAUUGUGGAGAAAUGGUGCAGAGUAGUCAACUUGGAGGGUGGAACGAUGAAAGGUGUUCUAAGACAGAUGUCUGCAUCUGUGAAAAAUGAUAUCCCUGUAAUAUAAAGAUACCUGACUCUACACUUACACAUCUCUAAUAAAAUCAUCACAUUUUAGUCUGCAGACAGACAACUCCUGAAGUAUCUGCUUUACUUAUUCAAAACAAGUAAACCUUGAUGCAGUACCCUGUUAAAGAUUUCAUAUAUUAAACAUUUGGCUGAUGUAUUGUAUUUGCUCCAAUUAAUUUAUGGCCAUGUUGUACAAAACAGAUUUUGCUAUCAAUGACUUGUUCUGUUUAGUGUAUAUGAAUGCAUGUUAAUGGAUGUACAGUAUAUUAAAGAUAAGCAAUAAUUAUUA